UAAUUGUAUUCCCUCCCUGCACUAUCUACAAAUAGCCCAUCUCCGCUUCGCUAGUUCUCACAACAAGCAAAUAUCAUCAAUCUUGCAAAGUAGAUUACUAGCUCCUAGGAUUAAGUAUUCCACAUUCAACAAUGGCCUCUCAAUAUUCUUGCCUCCUCUUGGCUUUGCUUGUUAGCUUAGCGACUCUAAACACCAGCCUCGCGGCUCGCAGUCUUUUAGACACUCCUGCGCCCGAAUCCGCACCGGUUGUACCAACCCAGCCUUCGAUACCGGCGCUUCCAAAACCGAUGAUCCCGACCGAACUACCACCCAUGCCAUCCAUUCCCAUUCCGACGAUUCCAUUGCCAAAACUUGCGGCCCCGCCCAUGCCCGAGAACCCGACCACUUUGCCGACCGAAUUGCCUCCGAUGCCCGCCAUUCCCACCAUUCCUUCUAUUCCUGAGAGCAUUCCUCCGAUGCCUUCGAUUCCGAAGACGAUUCCGUCCAUCCCCGGGGUUCAUCUUCCUCCCAUUCCUUUCUUAUCUCAGCCUCCCGCGACCACUAGCCCAUGAAGGGGAGAGUUUUCUCGUUUGGUUAAGUAAUAGU